CACCGAUCAGCUGCUAAAUUUCGCAGUAUUAUGUUGCAUUCUUAUAUCUGUUUAUUGUGAUUAACUAUGAUCUAACUUUAAGAAUUAAUCCAUAAUUCAAAGUGAUUUAAAGAAAAUUUUCAUCGAAAAAGUGACUCAUGUUGCUAGUUGCGACUCGUCAGUGGAAAAAGUGAUGCAAAUGGGAAAUGAAAAUUUUCAGUACCUAACCUACUUGCUUUUUCAUGGAUAACAAGAAAAAUUUAAAAUAUUCAUCACAGAAAGAUAUGGGGCUGUUUGAUCCAGAACAGCGCUUAAAAGCACUUUCGGAAAAUAGUAAAGCAAUCGAGGUGGAUCCUAAUGUUCCCCCUAGAAGAUAUUACAGAUCUGGUGUGGAGAUGAUUAGACAAGCAAAUGUUUACAUGGAAGAGGGAAAUUUGGAACGAGGUUACACACUUUAUAUGAAAUUCUUGACGAUAUUCCUGGAAAAAAUUAGAGAACAUCCAAAAUAUAAUACAGUUUCAUCAAAAGAAAAAGCCUGGAAUCAACAAAUGCUUCGCGAUGUUUUGCCAAAAACGGAGGAACUUAAAAAGCAAUUAUUGGAUCAGUACAGAGUGGAAUUGGCAAAACAUUUGGAAGAUGCUAAGGAAAGAGAUGAAAUUGAGAAGCAAAGAAUUAAACGGGAGGAACAGCAAAGGUUAAAGGAAGAGGAAAAGAGGAAGAAAGCAGAAGCCUCGAAACCGAAAAUUGCAAUUAGCGCUGCUGCUGUGACCGACGAUGACAAGAAACCAAAGAAAUUAUUUACUCCAUCUCCAGACGUUAAAAGUCCCCCAGAAGACAAAAAAAUACCGUCCGUUGAUCGUUCGACAAAACCUCAUCUUCAGGACGACAAACUCAAUUUGCGUGAUUUGAUUUUACCGACCGAAUUGAUGAACGGUUUCUUGAGACUCGCUGCCCCAAAUACGACGAAUAAAAUCGAAACUUGCGGGGUUUUAGCCGGGAAAUUGGAAAGAAAUAAGUUACUGGUCACACAUUUAUUAAUUCCACAACAAACCGGAAGUCCUGAUUCCUGCAUUACGUACAACGAGGAAGAUAUUUUUGAUUACCAGGAUCAAUACAGUCUUAUCACUCUUGGCUGGAUACAUACGCAUCCGACACAAACUGCUUUCCUGUCGAGUGUCGAUCUUCAUACACAUUGUGCUUACCAACUCAUGAUGGCCGAAGCGAUAGCCAUUGUUUGUGCACCUAAAUAUGAUGAGUUUUUCUUAAUUUCAGAACUGGGUUUUUCGUUCUCACUCCAGAAUAUGGAUUGGACUAUAUUGCAAAUUGUAGAGAAAGUGGAUUUCAUCCUCAUCCGACUGACAUACCACUUUACACAAAAGCAAAACACUGUAAACUGGAGCCAAUGGUGAACUUGGAAGUAGUUGACCUGAGGAAAAAAUAAUUCCUAUUGUUACAAACUCGAUAAGUGUAAUUUUUCGCAAGAUUAAUUUUUAAAAAUCUGUAACGACUGUAACUCUACUUUUUGUGCUUUCCUCAAGAGCUUUUUAGUGAUUGUUUUAUAUUUAUUUAUCCAGAAAAUAUGUAUGUUUUAAUUAUUGUUAAAAUUUUAUUUUUUAUUUUUUAUUUUUAUAUUAGAGGAUUUUGUAAAGUCUUGUGGAUAUUUUUUAAUUCUAUAAUAUAUUUUAUCUAAUUUAAUUUUCGCGUAACCGCGGAAUAGAUUAAAGAUUUAUAUGAAAUAAGAUUCUUAAAAUUGAAAA